UUGUAAAAUACCAUUAUAACUACACCAAACAUGGCGCCAGACCUCAGCCAGAAUCGCGCUCUCAAGAUCGUCACACACGCUGCAAAGAACGGAUAUGCAGUGCCCGCAAUCUGCUGCUACAACAUCGAAUCAAUACUCGCAAGCGUCAAAGCUGCAGAAGCAAAGAAUUCUCCUGUCAUAGUGCAGCUCUUUCCAUGGGCAAUCCAUUUUGCGGGCGGCAUCCUAGUACAUGCUGCCAAAGAGGCUGCGGACAAUGCGUCUGUACCCGUAGCAGUGCACAUGGACCACGCGCAGACACCAGAAAUUGUACGUCGCGCAGCCGACCUUGGUGGCUUUGACGGCAUCAUGGUUGAUAUGUCGCACUAUGAAAAGGAGGAGAACUUUGCUAAGACGCGAGAGCUUGUUAAAUAUUGCAAUGAAAGAGGUAUCAUUACAGAGGCCGAGCCAGGGCGUAUCGAUGGUGGGGAAGAUGGAGUGGGCGAUACCGCCGACCUCGGCUUGGAAGCCAUCCUCACCACACCCGAGCAAGCAGAAGAAUUCGUUUCCCUAGGUAUCAACUGGCUGGCACCUGCAUUUGGCAACGUUCAUGGAAAAUACGGUCCCAAGGGACCACAAUUGGAUUAUCCUCGACUAAAAGGGGUACACAAGCAGGUUGGAGACCGCGUGGAUCUCGUUCUACAUGGUGCAGGCACCGAGUGGUUUGACGAGAAGAGAUUCAAGGAGUGUAUCGAGUGCGGUGUGUCGAAGAUCAAUUUGAAUGACGCAGUCAACAACGAUUUCACUAGGGUCAUGGCCGAGAAGGCUGCGAAAGCGCCAUUGACGACUCUGUUAGAAGAGGCAACGCUGGCGAUGCAGAAGAGCGUGGAAAGACACAUGGAUUGGAUGGGAUCAACUGGAAAAGCACCACUGAUUUAAC